AAAGCAUUUGUUUCUCGUCGGAAACCGGAAGUUGAGGUUUCAAGGAAGAGACUAGCUCGCGAAAAUGGCUACAGUUAGGCAACUGUCAUCUUUUUUCAGCUACCCCCGCAAAGGCGUUUGCAAAAUAGUCCUACUUUUGUGGUUGUUGCAUUUUUCUUCUGUGUUCUCUGAUAUAACAGACGGCAACGCUGAACACUUAAAGCGGGAGCAUUCACUCAUAAAGCCGUACCAAGGUGUUGGAACAAGUGCUUCGAGUCAAUGGGAUUUUUGGGGGAGUACUUUAGUUACAAGCCAGUAUGUACGCCUGACACCUGACGAACGUAGCAAGCAAGGCUCCAUCUGGAACACAGUGCCCUGUUACUUGAAAGACUGGGAGAUGCAUGUGCAGUUUAAAGUUCAUGGAUCAGGGAAGAAGAAUCUGCAUGGGGAUGGCAUUGCCAUUUGGUACACAAAAGAGCGAUUACAUCCUGGACCAGUCUUUGGAAACCAGGACCAUUUUGUAGGCCUGGCUGUUUUUAUGGAUACUUUCCGCAAUGACCUCCACGGCAUGGAUCGUUCCUUUCCCUACAUUUCUGCAAUGGUAAGUAACGGCUCGCUGUCGUACGAUCACGGAAACGAUGGCCGCACAACAGAACUGGGGGGCUGCUCGGCUGAAAUCAGAAACAAAGACCACGACACGUAUCUUGCUAUUCGAUACUCCAAAGGCAGACUCACAAUUAUGGUUGAUGUUGAUGACAAGAAUGAGUGGAAAGAGUGUAUUGAUAUCUCGGGCGUCCGCCUCCCUACCGGCUACUAUUUUGGAGCGUCUGCAGCCACAGGCGACCUCUCGGACAACCAUGAUAUCAUCUCUAUGAAAAUGUACCAGUUGAUGGUAGAACACACUCCUGAGGAGGACAGCCAAGACUGGACUAAGAUUGAGCCCAGUGUCAGUCUGCUCAAGUCUCCUAAAGACAACGUUGACGAUCCAACUGGUAAUUUCCGGAGCACACCUCUUACGGGUUGGAAGGUCUUCCUGCUUCUCCUGUGCGCUCUUCUCGGUAUUGUUGUUUGCGCUGUUGUGGGAGCAGUGGUCUUUCAGAAACGACAAGAGAGGAACAGGAGGUUUUACUAGACAUGACAUCAGUCUAAACUGGACAAUUUUUAAAAACUCAAAAGAAUGUGGAUGGAUGGGAAAGGUUAAUGUGAUUUUUUUUUUUUUUUUUUUUUUUUUUUUUUUUUUUUUUUUUUUUUUUUUUUUAGCAGUUGAAAUAUUGAAGAGAACAAUUAACUAAAAGGGGGGUAUUGGGUAUCAGCAGUGGUUUUGGUUCAUGCAAUGUAUACUAGAUCACAUUUGUAAAAAAAAAAAAAAAAAAAUGGCAAAAACCAACAAACUGUUUAAAUCAGUGUGGAGACCAUGCUACGAGACUAAAUUUUCAUAUCUACACUGUGUAAUCUACACUUACCACUUUGAUCUGUUUACUAGUUUGAUCUGUUUUAAAUAUGUGUAAAUCAUGUACAUGAUUGUAGUGCUAUUAUAUUUCAACCAAAACCAUUUGUUUCUUUAGAUGCACUCUUAGUUUCAGUCAGGGUAUGUUUUCAUGUUUUCAGUUACUUACUAUUUGGGAUUUAAAGUGGAUUAUGGUCAACUUUAAGGGUUGAAUGGGGUUUAGUGUUAAUUCAGUGGGUGUAGAUUUGAGAAACUAUGGAUUGUAUCCUAGCUCAAAGCUACAGUCGUUUUGUCCUUUAAAAAAACACCACAGAACAAGAGGUUCUUGAUCAUAUUUGCUGCAUUUUGUUACUGCUUUUUAGGAAGAGCAAAAGAAAUGAAAAAGGUUGUUGAAAAAAAAAAAAAAGAAGUUAAGCUGAUUUCUGUCCAGUUUACCAGCCUGCACCAUGACUGUUUACGGUGUUGUUGUUUUUUUUUUCUUCAGCUCCAGCAGUAUUGUCUCUUUACUGGCCAUUGCAAAAGCUAAGCGUUAUUGGCUGCAUACAUCUAUGAAAUGGCGAUCUGCAUUUGCUCAAAUAUAAAUGGCUUAAUUCAGUACACAUGUAAGGACACAGCACAAUUUGCAGAAUUUAACAGAAUGAAACAGUGAGGCUUAAUUGUCAACUUGAAAUAACAAACCUGUACGAUGAGAAUCUUGUGAAUGUAACACAGUACAUUGUGCGUACUGUACCGUACACAAGUAAAUUUUCUGUGAACUAGAAAGGGCAGGAAUUGUACAAAGACUGGAUGGUAAAUAAAGAAGUUCUUCCAGUA